AUGUCUACAGACCAAGCCUACCGGAAAUCAGGAAGCCCUGAGGCUUCUACAGAAGUCUCUUCUUUGCAGGUCAAUCGGAGCAAGAAUAAAGAAGCUCUUGAAAAACGUCUUCGAUCUAGACGUCCUGUAAAGGAGCUGGUCAAUCAGGGAAUAUUACUGAACCCUGCGAUUUCCAACCCUGAUAAAGUUCUACAGUUACAAAGAGCUAAGACUAGUGAUUUAUUAAAACGCAAAAUUGAACAACGACCAGAUAGACAAUACCUUAUCAUUACCGCUGUAGAUGAUAAGCCGGGUACUUCACCUUUCAUUCUUGAGCAGUGUCACAAUUUGGAAAAGUCACAGUUAAAGGAAACGUUGGCUACCAAGCUCAUUUCCAGACCUGGUUCACUGGAGCUAGUUGAAAAGGGUGUACUGCAGGUGGAUCCUGGUGUUGAUUCGCUUAUCAAACAAGGUUCUAUCCCAUAUCCUAGAGUUGAACCAGUUUUAUAUCAGAGGACGUCAAGUGAGCGACUUCAACCUAUUCAGGAGUUGGCCGCCAUACCAUCACCUCCGCCGCUUUCACUAAGUACAAAAACGCAUAAUAAUUCUGUUCGUGCUACUUCCGGGAGGAAUCGUUUUGUUAUUUCAAACAAAACAGCUGGUAGUCGGGCUAUUCGAGAUGACACAGUUGUUUCAAAAUUAGGAUCAUUAGUUUUUCAUCAGUAUUGCCCGGAUUCGUCCAGUUCGUCUUCACCAAGCCUCUCAAGUAUUUCAUCACCUCAGCAAAAACAACUGGUACGAGAGCUACAACAGGCUGAAAUGUUGCGUCUUCAGGAUACGGCACGUGCUCAUCGUUUGGUCGAACGGGAAUUAUGUGAGCGUGUGGGUAUGACAUACAAUAAGCCAGCGCAAGAUGAUAUAUAUGUGGAUUUAACAUCUGACUUAUCACAUCAUGAUCAAAUAGAUGGUCAACCAGCAUCUUCCCAUAAUUCGAAUUUGUUUUCAGCACACACUUCGCUAUGCACUUCAAAUGCAAUUAUGUGUCCUAAGAAUCAGAUAUCUUCAACCAGUUUGCGGACUAAUACCUCAAAAGUUUCAUCAUUGGACUCUACAUUCAGUUCACCGAGUUUGGCUCAUCUGAAUCUUACUCAACUUAAGGGCGAAUGCAAAAACAGAAACUUACCUCGAGUAGGUACUAAAAUGCAACUAAUGCGGCUUUUGGAUCCAUAUCGCCAUGAAAUAUUGGCUAAGUAUUUCCCUAAUUCUGUAAUGCAUUGGAAUGAAGAAAGGAAAUCGGAAACAAAUGAACACUCCCAGCCAUCGAAUUGUGUCUUACAACAAACACAAUCAUCUCUUCAACAUCAAGAUCAUGAUCAUAUGCUUGAACUAAAUAGUCGCCAAGCGUCUGAAGUAAUUUCUGAGCGUCAAAUGAUAGGUGUAAAUAUCCGAGAUUUUGACUCAUUACUGCUUUCCCACACUGAGCCUGUGAGUGUUUGUACUACGAUGCUUUCUUCUGGAUCAACUUUAUCGAAAGGCUUACAAGAAUACUCUGAUAUAGUUAUGGGAUCCAAUUGUUCCAAUGUUUUAGUCGCUCAACCUUGUGUUCCGUUAAGACAUUCUGUUUCUGCACCAUUUUUUUCAGAAACCUCGUCCGAGUCAUCCGCAGCGACUGGAACUCGUUUCCAAAUUCCUUCUGGACAAGGAAAUAUAUCUUCAACAACUCUCAUACCGGUCACUUUUCUUGUUGAUUCAGCAAGUGAAUCAGAUCAAAUUUCUCAAAUUCCUGUUUCAUCAGUUGGAUUACAGUUUGUUAGGACUGCAACGAAACAAUCAGUUGUAUGUGUAACUCCAAAUUUAUUUCCAGAUGCUCAAACUUCUAAUAAUGGAUUUGGUUCAGAAAAUGUAAACACUUCGUACUAUCCAGUAACUGAUCAUCUGUCUAAGCUGAAUUAUACAUCUUCAAGUCAACCACUACCAUUGUCCACAUCUAUAGAUAGUUUAUCAUCUUGCAGUGAAACGCGAUCUGCCCACCACAUUCCUGUACAAAAUUUGCUUGAUAAUCCAGUCAUUUUAUAUUCACAAGUAGGUCGUACUGGCUCUCCAUCGUCAACGACACUUCAUCAAAUUGAAGAAAUGUGGUUAAGAAUUCGACAGUUAAGGCGUAAUAUUGCUCAGUCAACAACCUCACAAUACAUUUCAGUUGAUGGUGAAACUGCAUCAAAUCCAGGGAAUCUGGAACAUUUGCAACAAGAACACAAUCGUUUAGCAGUACUUUGUCGUUUACUUAUCAUAGAACGCCUUGAUACUUUAGACGAGAUGGAUACAAAUGACAAACAGAAUUUUCAUGAAUUGAAAAGUCCGUGUAGUUCAGAUUUUAAAAUUGAACGAAAUCUGUUAACUUCUUACUUAAGAAGGCUUGGUGGUUCUUUGAACACAGAUUCUGUGUCGUCCAGUACAACUUCAUCUUUAACCGUAAAUUCUAUUACCAAUACUCCUAGUUAUGCUACCUCGGUUACACUGCAAACACCAGAAAUUUCUGGUCAUUCAGAUUCGUAUCCUAUGAGACCAAAUUCAAGAUAUGAUGAUCACAGGAGUAUUGAAGUUACCGACAAUACUAAUUGUUAUAAUGAUUUCAAUAAUAGGGAAGAUGGAAAGUUGGAUAAUACUGAUUUUAUUCAAAUUUACAAAAUUCUCCUGUUUCUGGUCUCUCAAAAACCAUAUACAUAUGAUGCUGCUUUGGAACAACUGCCGUCUCCAAUGACUACAGAUAUACUUUUCGAGUUAUGGAACAGUGUUGUAGAAGACAAUAAUUCUGAACAAUCCAAGUCGAUCAAUGUAGAUUCAUGUGAUUCAGAUAUGACUGUAGAUCUUGUCGAAGGAAAUCAUGGAUUGUGUUCAUCUCAUUCACAGGCAAAUGAGGCCAAUAUUACUACUAACACUACAAAUAUCGGUGACAAUUCCAACUUCUAUUCAGUUCCAAAAUGUGAUAUUGAAAAUAUUCCAAUGGCUGACAAUAAUGGAGUGGAUUUCUCAAGGCAAUUAUGUCAUACAGUUGGGAAUCUUACUGGUGGUGUAAACAAUUCCACUUCUUCAUCACCUACCACUGCCGCCAGCAAUACUAUAGCCACCGUUCAUUCUAGUGAUAAUUACUCAGCGAUAAAUGGGGCUGGAAUUUCAGUUUCGUCAUCAAGUGGUUUUCAAAUACCCAUUCAUCAACUGUUGAAUAACUUGUCAUCUUCUGUUUCUCAUUCUCAAAACUUCGUGCUCCACCCAGUCUUUUACUCUCAGAACUCUGUACAUCAUUCCAGUCCAACUGUAUCGAAUAACCCUAGGAAUGUAUUGAAUCCUCAUUCCCAAUUUGAUCCAGUUUGGUCUGAUGAUACAAAUAUGUCACAUGGAAUUUUUAAUUCAAAAGAUGCUCCACACAUAUUGUCAACCAAUAAACAUGAUACACUAUUACCAAACUACACUGAACCGUCUAGUGUGUGCUCAAUGAAUUCUAGUUCAAUGUCACAAACGUAUACACCAGCUACAACUGAAUUUGUAGAUACGCUUUUCGGUUCGUUUGAUGAUUCUGGUUUAGUUGAAUUAAUGGAUACAGCAGAUUCCUCAUCGAUUGCAUCAUUUCCUGUUUCACUGGGUUUAAACUGUCAAUUGGCACUUGAUUGA